AUGUUUUCUGUUUCUCGCCAGUUUGCGUCCCAUGCGCUACAACAUUGUGCCGUUUGGUACUUCAGAAAAGAGUCGGCCCACUUAGUAAUACGAAAAUACCUUUCCACUAGUGAUGGUACUAUAACACAAGAAGACAAACAGGACCAUAAGGUUAAUCUCAAUAAAUCUAGAGUCUUACUCAAUGAAUUGACACAGUGGACGAAUGAAUUUAACGGGAUGGAAGCAACUAAUAAAACAGUAUCCGUGUUAAGAGACCAUCAGACGGAGGCUUAUAAUUAUUUAGGGCAGAUUUAUAAGGAGUAUAUACAAGACUUGGAGAAGGAGAUUGCACAACUUAUAAAAGCAUUAAAAGCAAGGGAUGAAUUAAUACAAGAUUUAGAAUCAGCGAAGAAACAAUAUAUAGAGUCAUUAGAAAAAAAUGACAACUUGUCUAAAAUGUUGACAUGCGAGUUGAAUAAACAUGCAGAAAAAGUUAAGCACAUACAGGAAACGGCAAGAUUUUUCAGACUUGGAAGAAUUCGCAAUGUUAGAUCGGCUUUGGAAUAUGUUAGCAGACGGAUUCUUUUGAAGGAUGGUAAGCCUUUCGAAUCAGCCGAACCAGUUGGUAUUGCGCUACAGCGAUUGCUUGAACAAGAAGAGUUCAAAAUAAAAUUGCGUUGGCUAUGCGAAACUUAUUGCAUACAUACAAAAGUAGUAAAAAAUUGUCUUGGUGGGCUUUAUCGUAUUUCAUGUAAAGGAAAGCAUGGUCACGGGCGUAAUAUCUUGGUUUAUGCAAAAUAUUGGAGAAAAGAGGAGCUGUUGGCCUUGGGUGCUAUAUUUGAAUAUUUUAAUAUUAGAUUUACUUAUUGGAACAAGGAGGGAAAGGAGACGAGCUUUCCAUAUGUAGAAAAAUGCAGAUAUCAUCGUUAA